GCCAGAGCGCUCCACGAGCACUGCAGCGGAUUGGCAUGGCGCAGAGCGACUCCCUACAAAUCGACGCACAGCGAGAGCACCAGGAAGGAAGAUCUGAGCAAGUGAUGUUGUGACGCCAAAGGUAUUCAAAAUGCAAGCAGCCAGCAAUGAGAGGGCCGGCGCUCAGAAAGGCAACGCCUUCUUGGGCGUUUCGCAAAGGACGCUUCUGCUGCCCCGCACUUGUAACGGGCAGGAAAAGCAACGGUCGUGGUUGAUAUUUGGGUAUUCCAGGGGACCUGCCCAGAGUUCCACAGGAGGGUUGUCAGAAACCCAGCGAGCAUGUGUUUUUGCCAAAAGAAAUGCGAUCGACCUGUCCAACUUCCCUUUUUCACUCAGAGAGAGCAGGGGAAGUCGAUAUGUACCGAUUGCCGGCCAGUCAAACAGCAUUACAAAUUCCUUAGCCACUCGUCAAAAUAAAAGUGCGGCGAGAAAGAUGGAGAUUGGCGAAUAUGCACACAACGUGUUUUGGCAUAUUCGCCUAUAGGCAAAUCCCGCACCGCGCAUAGCACUGAAGGCGUAUUAGGAGAAAAAGCAGAGGACAUGCAGAGCAAGGGUGGGAACUGGGGCAAAGGAACAAACAGAGCGUCAUAAUAGCUCGCACUUUACCUUGUGCUUAGUGGUGGUACUGUUGCUGUCCCGCACGCUAGAGUCGCGGAUGUGGAUGCUGAUAGAUUUUGGCUGCUGUGCAACGCUGGCUGACUGGCCCUCAGCCGAUAGCACUGGUUUAGCCGGUGCGCCCUCGGCCCCAGUGACUGAGGAUGCGGCCGGCCCAUCCUCGAUCGCAAUAUCUCCCAGCGCCAGAGUCGCCCGC